CACAACGCAAGUUGGGAGCUUAUCUUGUCUCCCUCUGUUCACCACCUCCUCAUUUGAUUUACAACUGACAUACCAUUAAUAUAAGGCUAAUACUGCCUGCCAAUUAUACAAAUUAAAAAAAAACUUAAUCCUAAUCUAAGUUGAAGUCAAGUUCUUAUCAGAGAUUAAAUUACGCGAACCUAAAACAUCGGUGGGCGAUAAGUUGCAUAAAAUUCGAUUUGUGUUCCUGACAACGUACUCAAUCCACUCAUUUCCAUAGCCCCCAAGUAAAACACACAAUGGAGACCAAUCUUAAAAACUUGUUAUUUUUUCUACUUGUUCUCCUACCUGUCUCAACAUACGGCUUAGAAUUUGGCGACAUCUGCAUACCCAGCGAUAAUGUGAACAUUUGUGACCCUGCAAAACUUCUAAAAUGUGUCCGCGUAGAUGUCUCUCAACACAAGUGCAUGUGUGACACUGACCUUUCCCAAGAAAACCCACUCGUUCCUACAACCUGCACAAAAUAUCCGGAAAAUGCGGGUGAAAGUUGUGAGCAUUUCGUCGACAAGGAUUUUUGUCGCAAGAUUGACAACUCGUACUGCAAUGGGACGAAGUGUGUCUGCCUUGAGACACAUUUCGACGUGAGGGGCAGAUGUGAAAAGUAUGCCGAGCAUACAGAUGAGCCUUGCUUGUACGUGCAGGCCUGCAACCGCAUACCGGAACCAUUAUCAGCUAGUUGUUCUGUAAAUGGGUUCUGUACAUGCAAUCCCACCCAUUAUUCCUACAGGACCAAUGGAUCUUGUCUCCCUUAUCGCCAACUUCUUGAUCAGCAGUGUGACGUUGUCGAGCAGUGUAGCAGGAUUGGCGAUGGCAUAGGAGUCGUUUGUCCCCAAAAUAACAAAGUAUGUUCCUGUGACACCACCAACUACCUCCCACACCCCGAAUCUACAAAAUGUCUCUCAUACGCGACCGUCCUUGGGACUGACUGCACCGUCGGGACGGAACAAUGUAGCCGAAUCCCUUUCGCAACGUGUAACCCGGCCACGACCACGUGCGCUUGCAACGCAAACUACGCUGCGGUUCCGAACCUCAGUGAAUGUGUCCCUCUUCGAGAAAAUUUGGACCUCAGCUGCAUCCCUGGCAGCACACCCGAACAAUGCAGUCUAAUCGAUGGGGCAUUUUGCACUAUUAGUAAUAACACCUGCGUUUGCAAUCCCGCCACCCACUAUCGCAAUUUGGCGACCUGCCAAACCCUCCCCGCCAAACCGGAAGACGCCUGUCUCCUCCAACAACAUUGUACACAAGUCCCCUACACACUUUGCACCGGGGGACGAUGUCAAUGUGCUGAUGGAUAUGGCACUUCCGUCGAUGGGUUGAGAUGCAUCCUAACCGCUACCUUAGUAAAUGACCCCUGCACGGGAAACGAAACCUGUCAAAACAUUGGCAACACGUACUGCACAAAUUCUGUCUGUACUUGUGUCCCAAACACCAUCGCAGCAGGGGAUCGACGCAGCUGUCUCAACAUCAUUUUCAAACUGAACAAUCCCUGUACCGAAUCAUCCCAAUGCGUCGCCGGUAUCGGAACAAACUCAAACUGUCGAACAACUGCCCCCUUUGUUUGCUCCUGUAAUACGGGAUACGUGGGGGACACCCUUACUCAGGAUCGGGAUCGUUGUCUUAUCAUUUCUUCCAUCAACGGGACUUGCGAAGCCCGGGCCCAAUGCGAAUCAGCCCUGGGUCCACUUUCAGACUGCAUUUCGUCCCGAUGUUCCUGCAUGAAUGGGGCAGGUUACCUCAAUUCGACCUGCUUCCGUCGUGUCCCACUUCGCAGCCCGUGUGAGAACCAUGAACAAUGCGUCGUGGGGUCGAAUGCGAAUGCCGCGUGCAUACCAUCCAGCGACGGGGGUGGGGCCAGCACGUGUCAAUGCCUGCCCGGGAAGGAUGAAGAGUUAGGAGCGUGUUACGGAAGUCCGGGUCUUGGUGAGCAGUGUGUCGACGAUUACGAGUGUACUCGCUACAUUAAUGGGUCCGUCGCUUGUGUCGAUGGGACGUGUUGGUGCGACUCGUCGAAACCGGGAGGCUCCUACUUUUUUUGUAGUGGGGUGAACAAUGUUAAUUUCGAGGGUCACGUGCUAUUGGUCGCGUUGUGGGCGGCUAUGACGUCCAUGUAUGUCGUUAUGUCGUAAUGGAACACGUCAUCAAUAAUUAUUUUAAUCUUCGGAUUAAAUUAUAUAUAUCUUCGGCCAAUUUCAUUUAUGAAAAGUUUUAAUACAAAUUAAAUUAAACGAUAAGGUUGAGCAUGAUGAAUUGUUGUGGAUUAAUUUUAGGCAAGGUGUACAUAGCUUUUACGUCAUAUCAAUAAAUUAUUUAACAAUACUUUUCCUGAAAACCCAGAAUCAUGAUUCAUUCAUGAAGAUGAUUAAGUUGAUAAAUAAACAGGAUACUAAUUAAAAAUUGAUAAAUGUACACGCUUGUUAGAUAUGAAAAGCCAGAGAUAAUACUCACAUGAUUAAUUCAAUGAAUCAAGCACGCUCCCCUUGUAACAUUCGUUGUCGAAUUAACUGAUGAUAUCAUUCUCCAAAAUGCGACAACGAGAUUAAUAUUAUUCGCAGUACUUGAUCCCCACAUUAUCAGUACUACAUAUGUACAUUACCUGCAUAUUAAUAUUAAUUACGUCUCUCUUGUACACACAUAAGUGACCAUGCCGCAUUCACAAUGGCACAAUUAGUGACAUGAUGUACUUUCCACAGUUCAGUUUUUCCUUGUUAUCUUCUUGGCCGUCAAAAGUCCGACAAGAUGAGAACCAGGUUAGCUAUCUAGGCCAGCAACUACAUACGCCAUACGGGUGAAUCAUCAUCAUUGUAAUUUCUUUAUCUCUGGCAUAUCAUCCAUUAAAUUAGCUUGUCCAUUAAUAAAACACCAGGUUGGUAUUGAUUCCUGUCCAGUUCUUCUCCUGGAAAAGGCCGACAACAACGUAACACUCGAGCAACUUAUUUUAUCGCUUUCAAAAAUGACGCAAAUAUCUUCUUCCUCGAUUUUAGCAAUCUUCACCAUUUCCCUUCUCUUUCUUUGUUCAAUUCAAUUUACGUCAGGUCAAAAAGCUCAAUUUAUAACUUAUUGGAACACCACCGGCUGUACUGGGACUCCCAUCGGCAAUGCGUCUGCAAAUACAAAUAUCCCAAUUCCUACUGGAUCACCAACUGUUUAUUACAGAGUUAAUGGGCUAUGGAAAGCCCAGCAUUGCAAUGCCACAAUCUGCACUGACUUACCAUACAUUGCGCAAGGGUUUAACACAAACUGUGCGUCUAGACCUACUGGAAUAAAUAACACCUGGAUACAGGUAACCCGCUACGCUGAUGCGAACCAAGAAGUGCCAAUCAUCACAUUCUAUGAACGCCCCAGUUUCGAGGGGACGUUUUUCACUGCUUAUCCAGGCGCAGCGUUAAACCAAACAGCCAGAUCUGCCGGGUCGUUCUACUACGUCGGGCCCACCUCCUGGCAGCAUAAGAGUUCGCAAAAUGCCGUGUCAGGAACAUGUCUGAACGCCUCAGCGGAAGUAGUCCAGCGUGGGUACGGGUUCUCGUAUCAAUUAAACGCUAACAUUCAGGUCGGAUGGGUUCAAAGCGGGUGUAAUGUGACUCAGCCUCCAACCACGACCACGCUAAGAACGACCACGACCACGCAAAGAAGUACCACACAAUCCAGUGGUUUUACCCAUGGUUUGGAAAUUGGUCCAUUUAUUUUGGCACUGUUUUGUGCAAUUCGCUUAUAAUUAUGAACAAACUUUAUGACACAGCCUUAAUAAAAAACAUACAUAAAACAAUAAAGUACAAUAAAGUUGUUUCUAUAAACAGAA